UUCUGAUUGGAGGGUUUAGUUCCAGAAGCGAGUCAGUCUCCGUAAGUCCCCACAUCUUCAGAUGUUACAGGUGGCUUUUUUGAGCAACCAGGCUUCAUUCAGCAUGACUCAGGUCCACCUGUUUGGUGAUCUUAGCCGGUGAAGGAAGGACUUCCAAGAUUGCGACGACCAGAGUCACCACACCUAGUACCGAAGGUCUUGGGUACCAGAAGGUUGAGGUUGGUGAUCAUCUGUUUUGAUUCUGACUUUCUUUGAACCCUACGAAGCAAUCUACAGUACGGAGACAGCUCUGUGGAAUAGCUUAACUAUUGUACUUCCAGUAGGAGCCAAAAUGUGUGUGCCUAGUUAUGUCACACAUGUUUGUAGGUCAACUUUACUUCUGGAAAUUGGUACAGGGGAUGUGGUCGUUGUUGUCGCACCUUAAUUUUACCUGUGUGGACUUGGUGGUGGGAUUUCUGGACAAAGAGGGGUGACAGGCUCCGGUAUCUUCUGUUGACCGUGUCACUGUUUAUUAUCACGUUUCACCUCUUAAUAUUGUCUGAGAACUUGGUAGCACCUGUUAGGUGACCCUAUAGAUUAGCCAGGAGUGCCACGACGGCGAUGACCAGAGCCACCACACUGAUCUUCACAACAGAGACUACGUCCAACAGUUCUUGAACGUAGCACGAGCCUGGCGUAGGAAGAUGACCGGUAACCGUCGAGUGAAGAGGGUCAAAGGUCAGAAGUGUAAAGUGACGUCAAGACACUUUAGAUCACCGUGGGAACCGGGGGCUCUUUAGAGGCCGGGAGAGGGGGCCAAUCAGAAGCCAGAUUAAAAGGUUGUGAGGUUGCCACGGAGACGAUGCCCCCCCCUGUUGUGAUUGGCGGCAGGCGAGAGGUCAGAAGUCACCGGAACAGUCACAAGACAGGAAACGGCCACCUGACGCAGAUGAGAGGGAGACGUGAAUCUCGCGAGAUUUGGAGCUCUCCCAUGGUUUUCCUUCUUCCAGUCAAACGCAGCGGGGGCAGAGCUGGUGUCGAUCCCAGGAAAGUGCUUCAACCUGCGGGCGGUGAUGAAGAUGAUGAUGAAGAUGAAGAUGAGAUGACGCUCAGGGUGAACAGCCGUCAGCUCCUCUUCCUGUCCACACAGGAAACAUCUGCAAACUUCCAGAAAGAAGGAACGCUGCGAGUCGGACGGCAGCACCGAGAUCUGGCCGAGAGGUUCUGUCGGCUGAGAGGAAACCUGCUGUUCAUCCUGAAGAAACAGGGUGGUGUCCUUGAAGAGGUUCUGCUGUUGGAGAGAUGUGAGGUCAUGAAGCUUCCAGAUGAUGACAGACAGCUGGCUGUCAGCUUCGACAGCGGCGACCCUCGCGUCCUCUUCCAGUCCGGUAGCUCUGCAGACUGCGCCUCGUGGCUCGUCGCUCUGAGAGACGCCAACACCGAGACGCUGAGGCGACGCGCCACACAUCUCCGCACGCUCAUCAACACACACACCACCACCGCUGCCGGGGGAGACGCACAACACACACACGCUGUCACACACGCUGUCACACACGCUGUCACACACUGCAGCGACGAGGCACACCGAAGACCGGAGGAGGACGGAGGUGGAGCUGAACCUGCUGCUGGAGUCUGUCCACUGCACCUGAGAGUGGGUGUGGUUGCCGCGGCAGCCGGAGUUCAGGUCCAAGUGUGUGUGAUCGACACACACACGCACACAGUCAGGAAGUACUGCUGCGCUGAGGUGGAGCAGGGAGCAGACGACGGCGUGUUUCAGACGUCGGUGUGUUUCCGUGGCGACUGUCCUCUCUGCCAUCACAGCAGGAUCAAAGUGACGGUUCACCACGAGGAGACGACACACACCGCCAGGAGCUUCCUGGGCUUCACCUCCUUCUCCCUCAGAGAUCUGCUCAGGUCCGAGGAGCCUCACCUGUCCCUGAGCCUCAGGACCAUGGAUGGCGUGAGCGAGGUCGGCGAGGUGAUGGUGUCCCGUCUGCAGGUGGAGGGAGAGAGCGACAGUACAACUCCUCCUGAGCACAAGUGUCCCGCACUGUGCGACAGUCUUCACACAUCGGUCCACGACAAAGAAAACAGUCCGAUGAUGAGAGCCGUGCUGUGUGCUCAGGUGUGUAAGGUGUACAGGUUUCAGACGGAGGAUCAGAGAUGGCUGCUGGUCCGGGAACAGAUGUCGGAGACGCCGCUCUCUUUCUCUUUACCCAAACAGCUACUGAGCGCGCUCAUACAGGAGCACAGAAACAGGAUGCAGCAGGUGAAGGAGCUCGGUGACCUUUCGCCUCACUGGGACGGGCUCCGCCACGACGUCAUCAACCACUGUAACCACCUGAUUGGCUGUUAUCAGGAAACGCUCGAUGAGCUCGACAAACUUUCGGUUUCGACGUGUUUCAAGUCGAGCGGCAGUAAAUCAGACAGACACCUUCAGUUCGUUCCGACCAACCUGCACGUGCAGAGGAUGGAGGUCACCGAUCCGGACAGCACCGGUGUUUGGUAUGAGGUUAUAACAGUCGGCGCCCCGGCUGAUCAUCACCAGUCCUUCAAACACGGAGGUCUGAAGAGGCUGCUGCGUAAACACGCACUCCACAGAAACAGCUCCGUCUCUUACUCCCAGGAUGAGAGCUCCAGAGCGAGGGAGCUGCUGGCCAGCGUGGCCCAGCUGCAGCCUCUGGUGUUCGGGUUGGCCGAGGAGCUGCUGUCCGUCUCUCUGGAGCUGAACGCCGCCCGGCUGCAGUGUGUCCUGGACAGCCUGACUCAACAGACGGAGCAGUUUGUCCACGCGCUCAAAGACGAGCUGGUGAAAAGCGCCCUGUUGGCGAUCCACAACCAGCGCUCGUCCGACUGCGACGGCAGCCACGUCCACAGCAACGGGUUGCUCUGCGACAACACGCCAGCCAGUCAGGAGGAGGGAGAGGACGCCGGCCAACGCGACUCAGAGUACGACGAGGAGGAAUGGGACAGAGCGUGGGCCAACGUCGCCAUGAGCCUCAACUGCAUCAUCGCCAUGGGCGACCGGCUUCAGGGGCGCGAGGACCACCCACCGGAGCUGACGUCACCAACGGGGGACGCAAACUCUCAGAACACCGCCUCCUGGCAGGAGCAGCUGCUCCCCCUGGUGCUCACGCUCAGGGAUUGCGUGCGCGAGGCGGUGGGGAUGGCCCGGGCCGCCAUGACCUUCGUGGUCCUCCAGGGGGCGGUGUCACAAACUGUCGCUCGGGGACCGGCACACAUCGUCCAGAGGCACCACGCCGUCUUCAGCCAGGCGCUCUCAGCGGUCGUGUGCGGCUUCGUGUUGAAGCUGUGUGGAGGUCUGGAGGAUCAGCUGUUCCUGCAGCAGCUUCAGUCGGUCGGCGUCCUGGCUCAGUUCGAAGGCCUGCUCAGCACCUACGGUGACGAGCUGGGGAUGCUGGAGGACAUGGAGGUGGGUGUCGCAGACCUGAGCGGUGUUGCGUUCACUGUCACCGAGGCGAAAACGGAAGAAUCGGACGACCUGCUGCCCACGCUCAGCGGAGCAUGGGGCAGUUUGGUCGUCGAGGUCCCGUUACCCUCGGAGACCUUCGGGUCGUUGCCACGGGAGCUGAAAGAGGGGCGUUUGAUUCGAGUUUGUCCCGUUCUCUUCAACAUCGGGAUCAACCAGCAGCAGAGUCUGGCUGAGAGGUUCGGCGACAGCUCGAUGCAGGAGCGAGUGAACCAGCAGAGCUGCGAGCGUCUUAAAGCUUACUGUCAAACACUGAGAGACAAACUGCCGGACAUGGCUGGUAUCCAGUCACUAUCAGACCUGCUGUCCUCUCUGGAUCGAAGCGUCGAAGCCAAGAAGAGGAAGAACGUGGAGGUCCUGUGGAUCGCUGCUGCGGUGUGUCGUGCGGUGAACGGCGUGCGUCUGACGAGCUGUAAGAGCGCGAAGGAUCGCACGGCGAUGUCGGUGACGCUGGAGCAGUGUGUGUUACUGAGAGAGCGACACACACUCGGACAGCAGCACUUCAACACGGCGCUCGACUGCAUGAGGAGGUCUCGUCUGUCCUGGGGGCAGAUGCUCGGCUGUUACACCCAGCCAGGGUUCACUGUGUGUGGGUUAGACUCGGGGGAGCGUCCCUCGGGUCUCCGGAGCUCCGGGCUCCCGCCGUGUUUGGCUCCUAAAGCUCCGAGACGACACCUGUACCCGGUGGCCUUCCUCCUGGUGACCUCUCACCUGCUGGUUCUCUGGCUCAUCCUCAGCCUGGUUAUCCUGCUGGAGAAAUACCAGUAGACCGGCACAGACAGACAAAGUGGACACAUUCCUUCCUGACUCUUUACUUACCUGCACAGCCCUGAGACUCGAUCAUCUCCCCCUUAAAACACCGCUAACGACGUCCUGAGACGAGCUUUCUAAAUCACACAGGAGGGGAAGUUACUCCGCCCGCGGACGCAGAAAUCAGGUUUAUUAUCAAGUCUUCACGACAACAAACAGACAAAAGUGCAAAAGUCAAGAAUCAUAAACUUCAAUUAAAGUCAAAUAUAUGUGGAGAAGAGACUUUUUCAACAAGCUGCUGCGCCGAUACGACAGGAGGGGAAUAUUUAUGUAGCAUUAAAGGUCCAGUGUGUCAGAUUACGGCCACAGACAGGAGGAGUGUUGGAGUUUUCGGUGAGAAGAGUUGAUCCGGAUCCAGCUGCGAGACGCGACCUGUCGUGUUCUGACUUUGCAAAGCUGCAGCACAGAAACAUGAAGACUUUGGUUUGUGGGAGAGCAGUGGUCGAGUGACAGAGGCGGUGAAUGAGAGCGAGCGAACGAUAAUCAGAGAAAUAAUGUUUCGACAGUAGCACAGAGUGGACAAAUUAAACUCUUCGGUUUCUUCUUCAUGCUAAGAAAGAGAAGGUGAAGCGAGUGGGUUGUAAUCCGACAGACUGGACCUUUAAGUUUAACGUUCAUUUUUAUUAAUUCAUGAUUUGAUUGUCAGAAUUUAUCAAGUGUGUGUGUGUGUGUGUGU